AUGUUACUUAUAAUACCUCAAGUGUGGACUCCUAUAGAGACGCUAUUACAUAUAAUAAUUACCAAAUACCUGAAUCUAUCAUAUUGCAUUACAAUUAUAUCUGAAGAUAAUUUAUUUAUUAAAUCGCCUAACAGUUUUGUCCAUAUACUUGCAAAAGAUAAUGAAACUCUCACAAAUCUCAUGCUCAAUGCUUCAGAAAUGGGCUGCUCAGAUUACAUCGUACAAUUAAACGAGCCAGAAACAUUUAUGAAAUCAUUUGAGGAUGUUGUCCAUUUGGGAAAUGUGAGGAAUGGUGAUAGGAAAAUAAUUAUGUUGCCAACUUUGCGAGAUAUCAGCGAUAAAAAUUCGCAGUUGUUGCUAAAUGUGUUGUCUAUGAAGGAAACAAGUUUCAUUGCUAAUAUCUUGUUACUUUUGCCAUCGGACGCAGUAAAUGAAUCUCAUAUUUACCACUUGGUCACCCACAAGUUUGUUGGCGCACACGAAAAUAAUAAGCCGAUAAUAUUAGAUAGUUGGAACUCCUUCACUGAGAAGUUUGAAAAGAACGCAUCUUUAUUUCCACACAACAUGACUAAUUUAGAGGGAAAAACGGUAAAAGUUACGGGGUUUACUUAUAAACCGUACAUUUUGUUGGAACUUGAUCCUAAUGUUGUACCUAAUGGUCGGGACGGUUUAGAUAUUAGGAUCGUCGAGGAGUUUUGCAGAUGGAUUAAUUGUACAAUAGAAAUGGUUGGAGAUGACGGCAAGCAGUGGGGAGAAAUAUACGACAAUAAGACCGGCAUUGGGAUUUUAGGAAAUGUAUUCCAGGAUCGAGCCGAUCUUGGUAUAACUGCUCUAUAUUCUUGGUAUGAAGAAUUUCUUGUAAUGGAUUUUACAACUCCAUAUGUCAGAACUGGCAUCACAUGCAUAGCGCCAUCGCCAAAGUUAUUAGCUAGUUGGCAAAUGCCACUAUUGCCUUUUGGUUUAAACAUGUGGAUUAUUUUGCUUUUCACAUUCAUUUAUGCCUCUUUGGCUUUGAUGGUAGCAAAAGGGUUUUCCACGAAGGAUAGUUUUUUGGUAACUUUUGGUAUCAUGAUAUCACAGUCACGUCCAGAAUCAGGAUUUACUUCCUGGCGCAUACGCAGCGUCGUCGGAUGGAUGAUGCUGACUGGUUUAGUCCUGGACAAUGCCUAUGGAGGAGGUCUGGCUUCUACCUUUACAGUACCCAGAUAUGAACCAACAAUUGACACAAUUAAAGAUAUCGUCGACCGCAACUUUAUAUGGGGAGCUACGAGUGAUGCCUGGACGUUUUCCCUACUACCUUCUGAGGAGGUUACAUUU